CACGCGGAGUAAAGUUAGUCUUCGAGUAACCAUAUCGAUGAAUAGUUUGACGUUCUUUUAAAUGUGUGAUAAAAUAUUUUUUUCAUUUAGUUAAUUUAAAAAAAAAAUGUUUAAAUUGAUGAUAGAAAUUUAAUGGUUCAGUGAUUAUUAGUAGACGAGUAAACAUUUAAAUGAUCAUAUUCAACUAUCAGAAAUCUUGUAGAAGAAAAUUCACUUGGAUAUUGAAUCGAAUGAUUUAAAACAAAAAAAAAAAAAAAAAAAUGUUGAGUUUUCGUGAAAUUUUGUGCCUGGCCUUGUAUCUUCAAAGUGUCAUUUGUCGACCAACGGAACAACCAACAAAAUUCAGUUUGAAUAGUUCAUUGAAAAUUGACGAAGAAACUGAUAAGGCUGAUAAAAAUGGACCAACAAUGUUGCAACAGACGAUGGAGUUGUUAGGCAGUUUAGCGGAUAAAAUUAGAUUUGGCAGAGGGAGAUUUGUCAAUUCAGUGACAUUAAUCAAAAACAUCAUGCAGGAUCGAGGAGAGGAUUGGUUAGAUCGAAUAGCAGAUGUCAUGAGAUUCGGCAAUAGAAGAUUAAAUUCGGAUAAAUUGGCCGCGAACAACAUUAUCGACGAAAAUGAGGAUGUUGCUAGUGAAUCGCAAAAUACAGUGACAAUGGUAAUUCAGCCAAAAAGUGAUUUUAAUCAAGGGGAAAAAAAAUUGGCUUCAUAUGAAAAAGUACCGUUUGCACAAUUUUUACCACCACGAACAAGGGAGACAGCACGACUCGAAAAAGAGAGCGAUCAGGCUCUAUUUGAAAAACCAAAAUCAAAUCCAGUUGAAGGAAUUUUGGAAAAAUUUUUCCAUCCAACACCAUUGGUCGAUGGAAUUAGCGAGGAUCAAAAAUAUGGAAAUUCCGGUGAUAAAUUCGCUGGAGUUGGACGUGCCCUUGUUAAUGGUUUCGAGGGAAUUAGUAAUUUUCUAAAUGCAGCUGUUGAUUUUCCAGUAAAAGCAGCAAAAAACACUUCUCGAAGUAUCACAGAAGCUCUCAAUCAAUUGGGAUCACGAUUAGUGGGGCUUCAAUAAAAAAAAAAAUUCAAUUUCCAAUUUUAUAAUUCUAUGAUUUAUUUUGUAAAUUUUCAUAUUAUAUAUAUAAGUGUUUAAAAUGUACAUACAGUGUCUAUCGAAAUAAAUAUAAUAUCUCUCGUUAAAA